UUUGUUAAAGAAGAGGAAAUGGAUGAGACGAACGAUAUUGUUGAUAAGGUUGAUGAUGUGAUGUUGCCCGGUUUUCGUUUUCAUCCCACAGACGAGGAACUUGUUGGGUUCUAUCUCAAGACAAAGAUUCAGCGGCGACCUCUUCCAAUUGAGCUAAUUAAGCAAGUAGAUAUCUACAAGUACGAUCCGUGGGAUCUACCAAAGGUGGCGGCUACUGGGGAGAAAGAGUGGUAUUUCUACUGUCCGAGGGACCGAAAAUACAGGAACAGUGCACGGCCAAAUCGAGUUACUGGAGCAGGGUUCUGGAAGGCCACCGGAACUGACCGGCCUAUUUACUCCUCUGAGGGCACCAAAUGCAUCGGUUUGAAGAAGUCACUCGUCUUCUACAGGGGCAGAGCAGCCAAGGGGAUAAAAACCGAUUGGAUGAUGCAUGAAUUUCGGCUACCUUCUCUCUCAGAAUCAGCACCACCCAAGUUCUUAGACAAAAACAUAACUGCAAAUGUAAGUGCAUGCUACAAACAUGAUUCAUGGGCAAUAUGCAGGAUAUUUAAGAAAACGAACUCCAUGGCUCAAAGGACUCUUUCUCAGUCUUGGGUAUCUUCACUGCCAGAAACUUUGGCAACUGAUAUGCUCACUCAGGGUAAACACUACAGUCAGUUCAGAUCAGAGAACAUCUCUAAUUGCACGACUGAAACUGGGCCGGCCAUGCAGUUUUGCACUAAAAAUGACUUGCAGCAAACCUCUGCUGCCUGUUUCUCUACUUCCGACAUUCUCUCUUAUAAGCCCAUUAAUCAUACGGUCUCUAGGCCUCCUCUAUUCCAUGUUUCUAAUGGAGAACUUCCCAGUGGCUUCCCGUUCUCACCACUAAAUGUGUCAGGACCCACCAAGUGUACAGUUGAUUCUACCUCCAUGCUUUUGAACUCUCCCUUAGGUGAUGUGACUGAUGCCUCUGGGACUUUAGACUUUGAAGGGUCACAACAGCAGUUCAGUGGCUUCUCACUCGGUUUGCAUCAGGAGAUGCAAGGCCACAUGGGCGCAGGAGAAGAUCAUGAGGCAGGCCUCAGGAAGAACCCAGAUGCAGCCCUCAAUAACCAGUGGGGAACGGUCCAAUCAAUUGGAUUUCCCUUCAGUUUGCCUUCAAAUGAUGAUUGGAAGCCUAAUGUGCCAUGGGAUUCGCCACCUUGUCCUAGUCUUGAGAUGUCCACUAACCAUUCCACAAAUGAAUGAUAUACUCGGAAAAAAAACAAAAAUAAAACU